CAGCUUUACCAUGAACACCUACCUCUUUGUGUAUGACUUAAUGCAAUUCUGUGGACAUUCCUGGAUAUUUACAAAUAUGAUCAUCAGGUUCAUGUCUUUUGGAAAAGAUUCGUUGGCCGACACAUUUUACUCCAUAGGACUUGUGAUGCGCUUUUGCCAGUUGCUAUCUAUGUUGGAGAUCCUACACAUCCUCAUGGGCAUUGAUAAGAGCCGUCUGUUCCCCAGGUUUUUGCAGAUCACUGAGAGAAUAAUUGUUUUAUUCGUUGUGAUCAACAGUCAGGAAGAAGUUCAAGGGAAAUACGUCGUGUGUGUUUUAUUUUUCCUUUGGAACUUAUUAGAUGUGGUCAGGUACACGUACAACAUGUUAGCAAGGACGGGAAUAUACUACUUACCACUGACGUGGCUCAACUUCUCAUUGUGCAUCCUGCUCUAUCCCCUUUCAGUUCUGGCUAAAGCAUUUGCAAUUUGUGUGUCACUGCCUUAUUUUGAAUCCUUCGGCACAUACUCCAUCAAGCUACCACUUCCCUUCGCCUUCUCAAUCCACUUCCCCUAUGUUCUGAAAACGUACCUGCUAGUCCUCUUCACAGGUAUGUGCUUUAUCAUCCAGGACCUCUUCUCUGAAAGGAAUGCACACCUAGGGACAGGCAGCAUCAAAAAGAAAAGAAGCUAGGUUGGCUAUUCUUUUUGGAAAUAAUAAAUAUAUUCCCAGUGGGCUAACCCAUAGGUUAAAAAGAAACGAGACAAGGAUUUUCAGUGCAAAACUCCUGUUCGUAUGUACAUUACCUGGCUGGGUAGAAUUUUCAGAAAAGAGAGGUCUCUUUAAAUCACCUCAAAAAAUGCAGCAGCACAAAAUAACCAGUUACUUUUGAAAGUUUUGACUUCAAAUAGCAGGAGUUCUGAAAAACGA